AUGCCUGCGCUGCAUCUUUUUGGUCGCAAAUGGCUUGCAGCUACUGAUGAUCUUGUUUAUCCUGGCCUCUUUGAAAUAUUUAUCCGUGUAGUUUGGUUCGUUUUGAUAGGCAUCGCAUGUCUGAGAUACUAUGGAGAAACUUGGCAGUGCAAAGUGGGUGGCCAACUGGUCCGUGUUUUUUUUGGCGGCGAAUUAGUCAUACUUGGUGUUGUUACCAUUCUUGUGUUUGUUAUGGUUAAUCACAGCGCAAGG